CGUAAACAGCGCAGGGCACGUCGGGACCGGGAUUGUUUCACUCAGGAAGCAGGCUCCAUUUUAGCGCCGCCCGCCGUCGCCAUCUGUUUCCCUUCCCUCCCCCUCACCCCGCCCGUUUCGGAGGCCCUACGGGGAGACUGCGACCGGGCCGCUGCAGGCUGCAGUGAAAGGAGGGAAAGGGGAGAGGCGGGAAGGAGGGCGGAUCGACAAGGGUAAGUAGCGGAGGUGAAGCGCGCAGCUGGGAGGACGGUCUGACGGACGGGCCAGUGCCACGGCAGCCGGGACCGCUGCGCCUGCGGGAGUCUCGGAGCGGAAGCCGGCGGGGAGCGAUGGCGGCCGACAGCCGGGAGGAGAAAGACGGAGAACUUAAUGUUCUAGAUGAUAUUUUAACUGAAGUACCAGAACAGGAUGAUGAACUGUAUAAUCCAGAGAGUGAACAAGAUAAAAAUGAGAAAAAGGGAUCGAAAAGAAAAAGUGACCGAAUGGAAUCUGCUGACCCCAAGAGGCAAAAGUCUUCUGUCCAUUCAAGACAAAUGAUCUCUAAGCCACUAAGCUCAUCUGUUAGCAAUAAUAAAAGAAUAAUUGGUACGAAAGGGAAGUCAGUUACUGAGUAUAAAAAUGAGGAAUAUCAAAGAUCUGAAAGAAAUAAGCGUCUAGAUGCCGAUCGGAAAAUUCGUCUGUCAAGAAGUGCCUCCCGAGAGCCUUAUAAGAGCCACCCUGAGAAAACUUGUCUCCGGAAAAGGGAUCCUGAAAGGAGGACCAAAUCCCCCACACCAGAUGGUUCUGAGAGAAUUGGGCUGGAAGUGGAUAGACGUGCAAGUAGAUCCAGCCAGUCUUCGAAGGAAGAAGUGAACUCUGAAGAAUAUGGCUCUGAUCAUGAGACUGGCAGCGGUGGUUCUUCUGAUGACCAGGGCAACAUCACGGAGAACGAGGAGGAAGGAGGGGAGGAAGAUGUGGAGGAAGAUGAAGAAGUAGAAGAAGACGCAGAGGAAGAUGAGGAGGUGGAUGAAGAUGGAGAAGAGGAGGAAGAGGAAGAAGAGGAGGAGGAGGAAGAAGAAGAGGAGGAGGAGGAGGAGGAGGAGGAAUAUGAGCAGGAUGAGAGAGACCAAAAGGAGGAGGGCAAUGAUUAUGACACUCGGAGUGAGGCCAGUGACUCAGGCUCCGAGUCCGUUUCCUUCACAGAUGGGUCUGUCCGAUCUGGCUCAGGCACUGAUGCAUCAGAUGAGAAAAAGAAGGAAAGGAAGAGAGCCAGAGGCAUAUCUCCGAUUGUCUUCGAUAGAAGUGGAAGUUCUGCAUCCGAGUCCUAUGCAGGUUCAGAAAAGAAGCAUGAGAAAUUAUCAUCUUCCGUUCGUGCUGUCCGAAAAGAUCAAACCAGUAAGCUCAAAUAUGUCCUUCAAGAUGCAAGAUUUUUCCUCAUAAAGAGUAACAACCAUGAAAACGUGUCUCUUGCCAAAGCUAAGGGUGUAUGGUCUACAUUGCCUGUAAAUGAGAAGAAAUUAAAUGUUGCAUUCAGAUCUGCAAGGAGUGUUAUCUUAAUAUUUUCAGUCAGAGAGAGUGGAAAAUUUCAAGGUUUUGCAAGACUUUCUUCAGAAUCACAUCACGGAGGAUCUCCUAUACACUGGGUGCUUCCAGCAGGAAUGAGUGCUAAGAUGUUGGGAGGUGUCUUUAAAAUUGACUGGAUUUGCAGACGAGAAUUACCCUUCACUAAGUCAGCUCAUCUUACCAAUCCUUGGAACGAACAUAAGCCAGUAAAAAUUGGACGUGAUGGACAGGAAAUUGAACUUGAAUGUGGAACCCAGCUUUGUCUUCUGUUUCCCCCUGAUGAAAGUAUUGACUUGUAUCAGGUCAUUCAUAAAAUGCGUCAUAAGAGAAGAAUGCAUUCUCAGCCCAGAUCAAGAGGACGUCCAUCCCGUCGAGAACCAGUCCGGGAUGUGGGAAGGCGUCGACCAGAAGAUUAUGAUAUUCAUAACAGCAGAAAGAAACCAAGGAUUGACUAUCCCCCUGAGUUUCACCAGAGACCAGGGUAUUUAAAGGACCCACGGUACCAGGAAGUGGACAGUUUCACAAAUCUUAUUCCCAACAGACGAUUUUCAGGAGUUCGUCGAGAUGUGUUUUUAAAUGGGUCCUACAAUGAUUAUGUGAGGGAAUUUCAUAACAUGGGACCUCCACCACCUUGGCAAGGAAUGCCCCCUUAUCCAGGAAUGGAACAACCUCCACAUCAUCCUUACUAUCAACACCAUGCUCCACCUCCUCAAGCUCAUCCACCCUACUCAGGACAUCACCCAGUACCACAUGAAGCAAGAUACCGAGAUAAGCGUGUACAUGAUUAUGAUAUGAGGGUUGAUGAUUUCCUGCGUCGGACACAAGCUGUUGUCAGUGGCCGGAGAAGUAGACCCCACGAAAGAGACCGGGAGCGAGAGCGAGAUCGUCCCAGAGAUAACAGAAGAGACAGAGAGAGAGAGAGAGGCCGUGAUAGAGAAAGAGAAAGAGAGCGAUUAUGUGAUCGGGACAGAGACCGAGGGGAGAGAGGUCGAUAUCGAAGAUAAUGUGCUUGGAAAGCACUGGUCGUUUGAAGAUAAAAAACAAAUCUUGUAUUUUUUUUGUGUGUUUACAAGUAGUAAAUUUAUUUUCAGCUGUCUACUUAAAGUUCAUUGUGUAGAAGGAUUAUGAUCCCCUUGUUCCAAGCAUGCAGUAUAAUAAGAACUGGAAAUCUCCCAUUCGCCAGAAUGCAUAGCUGCCAGCUAAGCUGACACUUACUGGGGCAGGAGAACAGGCCGAGGAUGUAGAUACUGAUUUUCUUCUCCAUGAAUGUUCAUCUUAGAGUGUGUUCAUCCUAGAACUACUAUUUUUGUUUGUUUCCUUUCUUUUGGAUCUUGACUGAUAACUGCCAUGGUAUUUUGCUUUGAUGUGUUUCUCCAUGUAGUUGCACACGGUUCAGAAGAAAUAAUGCUGCUAUCAAGUAUGCAAAUAUAGAAGUAUGAUGGUUUGACUGUCUGGCAGUGUCGUAGCAGCUUCUUUGUUCUCCCUUUCCCUCCUUUUUUUUAAACUUAUAAAGUCACUUUUUAUUUUUGUUCAGUCUUCAAUAAUGAGAGCAAUAUUAAGAAGACAUUGCUAUCUAAUUUUUAAUCUUUUUAAAUAAAAAAACUAUGUUGAGUAGCAUGGUUGAUGCUAUUAUUUAGCUUUUCUUUCUAAAUUGUAUACGUUGGCUUGGAAUGUUCACGACGCGUGUGUGGCAACGGAAGAUGAUUCAUUCUACAUUGCUACCGUUUUGUAUAAAAUAAAUUGGUAAAGAUUGA